GGGAAGCCAUGGCGGGGUCUACGAUAUCGACAACGUCAUCAUCAUCCGGGAUAUCCAGGGGCUCGCUGGUUGGUUUGUUGAAGUCGGUCCUUCACGCAAAUUCGGUCUCUCGCCGUUUCGUUUCAGACGCACGAUCAAGAGUUUAAGCCACUUUCUCCCCGGGGAUCCGUUGAGAGCAGAGCCGGCUCAGCAGACAGCGAUCACUGUCACUCGCGAUUGGUAGAGAGUCAAGAUCAUCUAUUAUACGCUACAGAAGGUCGGCCUCUUGACUCUGAAAAACAAUAACCUGUCACCGGAGGACUCCAGUAAUCUGCUCCUACCAGGACAGAGAAUUUGAACUGCUAACUUAUACGAUCUCCAGCCAAUCAAGAUGGAGUACGCAGCAGCGGUGGCUGACACCAUCCUCAACGCAACCUUGUCCCUAAGCCCUUCGGAAGAUCUGGGUAUACCCGGAGAUGUCUACCCCAUACUGGUGCCCCUCAUCAUAGCUGUGAUCACGGUGGUUGGCCUGGUUGGUAAUUCUAUCGUUGUCUACGUCAUUGUGUGCCAGGGCCACCUGAAGACGGUUACCAAUUACUACAUAGUGAAUUUGGCCAUUACAGACAUCUCCUUCCUGGUGUGCUGCGCUCCCUUCACCGCCUCUUUAUAUGCCACGCACAGCUGGCUCUUCGGGCAGUUCAUGUGCAAAUUCGUGUUCUACAUGAUGCAAGUGACGGCCCAAGCAACUUGUGCUACACUGACAGCAAUGAGCAUCGACCGUUACUACGCCAUCACCGACCCGCUCAAAUCACUCAAGACUCGGACGCCGAGAAUCGCGAUUGUCGUCAGUGUUGCUAUCUGGACUUGGUCUGCACUGUUUGCUAUUCCGGUCGCCGUGUACUUUAAUACUGUGGAAGCAUUUUUUGAAAACGAGACUUACUAUUACUGUAAGGAGAUGUGGCCCUACGAAAUUUUCUUUCCUGGCUACGCCGUAUACAGCUUCGUCAUGACGUACCUGAUCCCGCUGUCCAUCAUAGCUGUGUGCUAUGUCAUUGUCCUGAGCCGGCUUUGGAAGGCCGUCUCGCCGACAGAGGAGUCGCACGCGCCGGUCCACCUGCGAAUGCUGAUGCAGAAACGCCGGGUCACACGCAUGAUCCUGGCUGUGGUGCUGGCCUUCGCCGCCUGCUGGGUUGGUGUCCACAUCGUGAAGCUCUGGCGGAGCUUCGACCCGAACUUCCCUGAGACCAACAUGGCCGCCUUCGUGUUCCAGAUCUUCUCGCACAUCUUGUCCUACCUGAACUCGUGCGUCAACCCAUUUGUAUAUGCCUUCAUGGGCGGCAACUUCCGAAAGCAGAUGGCCCGGGCGUUUCCUUUCUUAAUGACGAAGAGGAACUCUGCCAACGACGGCCCGUCGGGUAGUUUGAUCAAGUCCAAAUCCACGCAAGUCUAAAUCCGUCUGAGAUAUUGGCAGUCAGCGCUAAAAAUACGAGAAAACUGUACAGUCACAGUACAAGCGGUCCGUGAUGGCAACGUCUUCUCCGAAUUGCCCUCGAAAAACCUCAAGUUUUUUUUUCGGUCAAACCAUUUAUUCCCCCCGGUUGUCAAAGUGAAAUGGUUUUAUGUUGACGUGCCGCAGCCAGGCGUUGGUCCAGUCUGGGAAUAAGGACGAUUCACAAUAGUGCGCCUCCAAGAGUUUGCAACGCGUUGGCCCAUCACAAUGCGCGAAAUCUUUCGACCCCUACCGUACGCGCUUUGGGUUAACAAAUUUCGCGCAUUGUGAUUGGCCAACGCGUUGCAAACUCUUGGAGGCGCGCUAUUGUGGUUCGCUCGGAUUGCUGAGUGUAUCACGCUAGCUUCUGGCAUCUUCUUGGGUACGAUGGUGCAACCAAACCCUCUCCGGUGUCAAAUGCAUUGCUGUCAAGGUUUUCCAUGCGUUAUUGUACAUGUACACAAGAAAUCAAAUGGUAGAGUAGUUGAAAUAAAACACAUGGCAAGCAUGCUAGAAUAUACUUUGUACCGAACCAUAAUGCAUAGUUUAAAUCGAAACUCACAUUUUGGCAGAACUCAGAAACAUGUCGGCUAAGACGAGGGUAAUCGAUAAAAGGCACCUGAUCAAAAUGAAAACGCAUUGAGUUAGAAUGGAGCUUGGCGUAAAAUUCAUGUAUCAUAGACGGCUGUGAAUAAUAUUCAUGUGCUAUGUCGUCAACGAAGCAAUGGUUCAAUGGCAAUUUUAUUAUUUUCAUCACAGCACCCCAUGUGUUAAUGUGAAUGCUCGACAUUGAUGGACUCUUUUGGCCUGAGGAUAUUGGCGCAUUCAAGAAGAAAUUUCUGAGGCGGCAGCUCGCGGUGCACACCUUUUUUUUUAGCCAUCUUGCGGGGCAGUUCUUUUGUUCCAUAGGGAAACCUCCUUUGUGCAUGCCUUGU